AUGGAUAAUCUAAUAAAUGAGCACAUACAAUCUCAAUGUCCUCUAUUAAUAUUUUAAGAAUCCAGUCCCAGAUUAAAAGGACCUUCAUAUUAUAAAAAGCUUCAUAAAAAAUCAAAUGAGUUUCAAAUAACAAACGAAACACCUCAAAAAUUAAUAGAAAAAAAUUGGAGAAUACAAAUGAGACCAUUACUGAUACCAGAUUUAAUGGGGAAAAGCCAAAUUCAAACAACAAAAUAGAAAUGUAUCAAUGUUUUAAAAAAGCAUAAAUCACAAAGUUCUGAUGAAAAGAUUUAUGGUUCUUAUGGAAGCAAGUGGCGUAGAUUAAUCUCAUAAGGGUUGUUCUAAGUGAAAUAACUUAGACAUAAAAAAAUUCUAUAUCGAUUUAAGAUAUUUGUGAGAGCAGUUUAAUUUAUAAUAGCUUUCUAUAAAUUCAAGAAAACAAGAACUCAACAAAUAAAGAAUAGUAAAAGAAUCUUAAAACCAAGAGUAUCAAUAGUAAAACCAAGGAAAUAAUCAGGAUAAUCAACAUUAAUUUCACUUCCUUAAUUCUAAUUAAAUGAUGCUUUAUAAAUGUUGCAUCAAUUCCAUAAUAAAUCCAAAUCUGAAAUUCAUAGUCCCUUAUCUCAACUUUAUAGGUAAAAACAAAAAACUUUAUCUUAAAUUAACUUCGAUAACUUCUUAAAACGACCCAUAUAAUAAUUUAUAAAAAACAAGAAUCUUUUUUCAUUAUCAGAACAUAAAUCAGCAUAAACAAGUAAGAGAACUUGUAAAACAGAAUAUAGUUAAAAAAGAAUUGCUAGUAUGUAAUCAUUGCAUCGUAAACUCUAAAUGUCAUAAGCAUAUUAAACAUAACACUGA